CAAACCCCAAGUUGGCUUUGCUCUAAACCUUGGCUGUGGAAGAUUGUUUGUAGUGAGCGGUUGGACUGAGUUCUGCAAUUUGAUAGACCUCACACGUCGACUCAGAGCUUGACCGCUUCGUAGUGGCUGCACCAAACUCGGCUUCAUCCGAUGCAAGGUCGGAACGCCGGGACCCACCUCAAGUGAAGGAGCCAAGGCUGCCACGCCCCCUGAAGGGCCGCCAGGUACCGGCGGGGAGCCGGGGCACCGCCUGAGACGCUGGAGCCGCACUUGGUCGCUCGGGGGCCGCCAGGUGGCGCCGCCCGGCUCCAGAGCCCAGCCGCUUCCCUGGAUUCUGAGUCCCGGCGAUGCCGGCAGCCAAAAGGACGUCCAACAGACCGCUACGUCGAGCCCGCGCGGGAGUCAACAAGGUCUGGGUGGACCGCGGUAGUGAUGGUGGUGAUGGUCCCCUCCAGCCCACUUUGCAGAUAGGAGCGCCGAGGCCAACAGGGCUGCGUCGUCAGCUGCCUGACCCCUCCCGGCCCCCUCCCGGCUCCCUCUUCCUUGUCCAAACUUCCUGCCUGGAAGCGAGCCGAGUCCCACCCCUUUCCUGCCCGCCCACCCGGGCCUCGGUCCGCUCCGCGGAGGGUGGCCCCGUGGACCUGUCGGUGCACACGCUGCGCUGAGUUCCAGGCAGGUUCUAGAUCCUGGGCACUGGGAUCUCCCAGGACAUCCUCUGGCUCCCCAGACCCAAGCCAGCCCCAACUGCAGGAACCUCCUCACAGUACUCCAUCAGAGCAGCUUUGGUUUCUGCCUGCCUUCAUCCACUGAUGGAAGCUUGAUAUUGAGCUCUCCUGACUGCUGGAAAAUUCUUCGACUGAGCCCUAAUUGGCUUCCUUUAGAACCUCCUUCAUUGAUCCCCGCCCCAUGUUGUGGUUUGGAUAUCACAAACCUGAGACCUGGAGCCCUGCCAGAAUGGGACCAGAGGAGUGGAGGAGGCAAUGGGCAGGCCUCUCCUGCAUGCAUCUUUGCUGAUGUGGUCCUUUAGGCUUCUGACUGCAGUGCUGCUCAACUGCUGUGGGUCCUAUUGCAGGCCUCUGCAAUGUUGCCACUGGGCCCCCUCCUCCUCCUGGCCCUAGGCCUGGGGCUGGCCAGAACACUCAACUCCAAUGACCCCAACGUCUGCACCUUCUGGGAAAGCUUCACUACCACUACUAAGGAGUCCCACUCCCGUCCCUUCAGCCUGCCCCCCGCUGAGUCCUGUGACAGGCCCUGGGAGGACCCCCACACCUGUUCCCAGCCCAAGGUUGUGUACCGGACAGUGUACCGGCAGGUGGUGAAGACAGACUUCCGACCACGCCUGCAGUGCUGCCGGGGUUUCUAUGAGAGUAGCGGAGCCUGUGUUCCACUCUGUGCCCAGGAGUGUGUCCAUGGCCGCUGUGUGGCUCCCAAUCAGUGCCAGUGUGCACCAGGCUGGCGGGGUGACGACUGCUCCAGUGAAUGUGCCCCAGGAGUGUGGGGGAAGCAGUGUGACAAACACUGCGCCUGUGGCAACAGCAGCUCCUGUGAUCCUAAGAGUGGGGCCUGUUCUUGCCUCUCUGGCCUGCAGCCCCCAAACUGCCUUCAGCCCUGCCCUCCAGGCCACUACGGCCCUGCCUGCCAGUUUGGCUGCCACUGCCAUGGGGCACCCUGUGACCCCCAGGAUGGAGCCUGCUUCUGCCCCCCAGGGAGAACAGGACCCAGCUGUGAAGUAUCCUGUCCACAGGGCGCUGCUGGUUUCCUCUGCCCCAGCACCGAUCCUUGCCAAAAUGGGGGUGUCUUCCAGGUCCCCCAAGGUUCCUGCAGCUGCCCACCAGGCUGGAUGGGCACCAUCUGUUCCCUGCCCUGCCUAGAGGGCUUUCAUGGACCCAACUGUAGCCAGGAAUGUCGCUGCCACAAUGGUGGCCUCUGUGACAGAUUCACUGGGCAGUGCCACUGUGCUCCUGGCUACACUGGUGAGCGAUGCCAUGAGGAGUGCCCCGUGGGCCGCUUCGGGCAAGACUGUGCUGAGACCUGCGACUGCGCCCCUGGUGCCCGUUGCUUUCCUGCCAACGGGGCGUGUCUGUGUGAACACGGCUUCACAGGUGAUCGCUGUGCUGAGCGCCUCUGCCCCGACGGUCUCUACGGCCUCAGCUGCCAGGCAUCCUGCACCUGCGACCCAGAACGGAGCCUCAGCUGCCAUCCUAUGCACGGAGAGUGCUCGUGCCGGCCGGGCUGGGCAGGCCUCCAUUGCAACGAGAGCUGCCCACAGGACACGCAUGGGCCGGGCUGCCAGGAACACUGUCUCUGUCUGCACCGCGGCGUCUGCCUUGCCGACAGCGGCCUCUGUCGGUGCGCACCCGGCUACACGGGACCGCACUGCGCUAGCCUCUGUCCCCCCAACACUUACGGGGUCAACUGCUCCUCUCGCUGCUCAUGCGAAAAUGCCAUCGCCUGCUCCCCCAUCGACGGCACUUGUAUCUGUAAGGAAGGUUGGCAGCGUGGUAACUGCUCUGUGCCCUGCCCUCCUGGCACCUGGGGCUUCAGCUGCAAUGCUAGUUGCCAGUGUGCGCACGAGGGAGCCUGUAGCCCCCAAACUGGAACCUGUACAUGCACCCCUGGGUGGCAUGGAGCCCACUGCCAGCUGCCUUGUCCCAAGGGGCAGUUUGGCGAAGGUUGUGCCAGUCGCUGUGACUGUGACCAUUCUGAUGGCUGUGACCCUGUUUAUGGACAUUGCCAAUGCCUGGCUGGCUGGAUGGGCACCCGCUGUCACCUGCCCUGUCCAGAGGGCUUUUGGGGAGCCAACUGUAGCAACACCUGCACCUGCAAGAAUGGGGGCACUUGUGUCCCUGAGAGUGGCAACUGUGUGUGUGCACCUGGAUUCCGAGGCCCCUCCUGCCAGAGAUCCUGCCAGCCUGGUCGCUAUGGCAAACGCUGUGUGCCCUGUAAAUGCAACGACCGCUCCUCCUGCCACCCAUCGGAUGGAACCUGCUACUGUCUGGCGGGCUGGACAGGCCCUGACUGCUCCCAACCAUGUCCCCCAGGUUUCUGGGGAACCAAAUGUACCCAGCCCUGUCAGUGUCACCAUGGUGGAACCUGCCACCCCCAGGAUGGGAGCUGUGCCUGCACCCCAGGCUGGACUGGACCCCAUUGCUUGGAAGGCUGCCCCCCAGGGGUGUUUGGUGUUAACUGUUCUCAGCUUUGCCAGUGUGGUCCUGGAGAGAAGUGCCACCCAGAGACUGGGGUGUGUAUAUGUCCCCCAGGACACAGUGGUACACCCUGUAAGAUUGGAAGCCAGGAGCCCUUCACCAUAAUGCCCACCUCUCCUGUAGCGUAUAACUCACUGGGUGCAGUGAUUGGCAUUACAGUGCUAGGGACCCUUGUGGUGGCCCUGGUGGCACUGUUCAUUGGCUACCGCCAUUGGCAAAAGGGCAAAGAACACCAGCACUUGGCAGUGGCUUACAGCACUGGGAGGCUGGAUGGCUCCGAGUAUAUCAUGCCAGAUGUCCCUCCGAGCUACAGUCACUACUACUCCAACCCCAGCUACCACACGCUGUCUCAGUGCUCUCCUAACCCCCUACCCCCUAACAAGGUUCCAGGCAGUCAGCUCUUUGCCAACCUCCAGGUGCCUGAGCGGCCAGGCAGAGCUCACGGGCCUGACAACCAUGCCACGCUGCCUGCUGACUGGAAACACCGCCGAGAGCCCCAUGACAGAGGCACCAGCCAUCUAGACCGAAGUUAUAGCUGUAGCUACAGCCACAGGAAUGGCCAAGGCCCGUUCUUUAAUAAAGGGCCCAUCUCUGAAGAGGGGCUGGGGGCCAGUGUGAUGUCCUUGAGCAGUGAAAACCCCUAUGCCACCAUCCGAGACCUGCCUGACCUGCCAGGGGAAUUCCGAGAGAGCAGCUAUGUGGAGAUGAAAGGCCCUCCCUCAGGAUCUCCUCCCAGGCAGCCUCUUCAUUUCCAUGACAGCCAGCAGCGGCACCCUCAGCCACACAGAGACAGCGGCACCUACGAGCAGCCCAGCCCCCUGAGCCAUGAAGAGGUUGGAGAGGGAGGAGAACCAGGGGACCCUGGCUCUUUAUCAUCCUGUCCCUUCUGGCACCAGAUGGAGAGUCUGUGGGUUCCCAGCCUCCACUCCUGCCCCCUGGCCACUAUGACUCACCCAAGAACAGCCACAUCCCAGGACACUAUGACUUGCCUCCAGUACGGCAUCCUCCAUCACCUCCACUUCAGCUCCAGGACCGCUGAGGAGCCAGGAUGGUAUGGCAGCUUCCCAAGGCUGGGACAGUGCCUCUGUAUCCUGCCAGGAGCAGGGAGUGGACCAACAGGCCAUAAACAUAAGCACAUUUGAUGAGGGAAGUGAACAGAGAGACUGACACUUGGCUCUGAGCUUCCAAGAGGGGAGACACUGGUUGGCAAAGUGUCUGGUACCCUUUCCUGAAUCCACUCUUCCCUGAGGCCCCCAGGGCCCUGUGUACAUAAACUGGUGGGUUAAAUGUUCUAUUAAGUGUGAUUACAGAUUGAUUUUUAAAAAAUGUGUGUUGAGUACCUUUUCUGUGUGCAUGCCCUAGGCUGGCUUCUGAGAGUACUAGGAACAGGUUCUCCCCUCACACGUACCUUGUAGUCAGAAAGCAACCAACCCUAAUUAGCACUAGCAGCAGCCCCCUCACCGGCUGCUCCUCUCACAUAGUCACCUUUCAUCUUGACAGUGGUAGGUUGUUCCCUGCCUGUGGUGUUGGUCUCCCUUUUGCUCUUGGGCCACACACAACUGUCAAACCUUCUGUGUCUCAGUAGCCUUGCUGCCUGCCCCUUCUGUACCACUUUACUCUUCUGGGAGGCUGUCUGUCACUCUUCUUCCCACUCCAGAGGUUGGCACUUCUGAGUGUUCUAGUUCGCAUUCUGUUGGUGUGAUAAACAUCAUGACCAAAAGCAACUCUCAACUACCAGGUCACAAUCCAUUACUGAGGGAAGCCAAGCCAGGAACUCGAGACCGAACCGAAGCUCAGACUGUGGAGGAACUCUGCUUAUUGGCUUGCUUCCCCUGGCUUGCACAACCCAGCCCCACCUGCCCAGGGAUGGCACUACCCACAGUGUGCUGGGCUCUCCUGUAUUAAUUAGCAAUCAAGAAAAUGCCCUACAGAUAUGCCCACAGAUUAGUCUGGUGGAGGAAAUUCCUCAGUUGAGGCUCCACCACUUCUUGGGUGACUUUAGUUUGUGAUAACAAAAACUAACCAGCACACUGAGCUCAACUUUCCCUAGUUGCUUGCUGACCCCCGUUUGUCCUUUACAUGCUUCCUAGUUGAUGGAGCUGUGUUCCUUCCCCAGGUCCCCGCAGAAGGCAGAUGUGCCAGGCAGCACUCUGGUGUGUUCUUUCCAUGUAUUACUGUAUUAUUAACCUAGUUUGUAAGCUCUUUGAGGGUAGGACUCCUGUGUGUAUCCUCACUUUUGGUUCCCCGUGGCGCUUGGUAGGCACUUAAUAAAUGUUCCCCUCAAA